AUGCUUUCGACACCAGAGACCGUCGCCACCCACCAUGGCGUCUGCCCAGAGGGUUGUACAUGCGCAUUCAGCGUGGCAUCGCAUAUUGCCAGUACACCCAUCACGACUCUCCAAGUCGCCCCUCCUUCCUCUCAAGUGUCCAAUACCGCGUUUAUGGAGCAUCUAGAGGCCUCUAGUGACCAAGUGGAUGGAUAUGCUACUGUGCAUUCCAUGUUACACGUUCUCGAACAACGCGCCUCGAGUUUGCAACAGGAGCGGGAUCAGGCCGAAAGAGCGUAUCAGGCCGCCCAACGGUCCGUGGCGCGCUACAAGGCCGCUAUGGCUGAAUUUGGAAAGCCCGCGCCUGUUGGGAGUGGCAGCGAGGACAACGGCGGGUCCGGCUCCUGGUCGGGGACAACGCCGCUCGCGCUUGCGACACCGCCGACGAUAUCGAGGCUGCCAAUCGAGCUCUUGAUUUACAUUUUCCUCUAUGUCCAAAACACUGUCGUCGCUGCCCAGGUCUGUCGGUACUGGCGACAGGUCGCAUUGUCCUGCCCCCGUUUGUGGUCCUCCCUCCAUGUUCACCCGUCCAAGGGUGGUAAGCACCUCGAAAAUUUGCUCAAGAGGAGUAUGGGGAAUGGCAACAACGGAAGCUUGAUCGAUGUCUGCUUCUGCCCUGUGCGCGUCGGUCCCCUCAAGCUUCCCGCAGAUAUGCGCCAUUAUGCGACAUAUCAACAGGAUGCGGGUGGAAGAGCAGCGCAUAACGCUCACUCUUCUCAGCUUCAUCCACUUGUCAACUCGUACGGACUUCCGCUGUCCUUGCCACCAAUCUACACCCAGAUGUAUCAUCCAGACAUGUGUCUUACGCCACAAAUCGUGUCUAUCCUUGACAAGCACGUCUCGCGUAUCUCUUCAUUUGAGAUACAUGCCACUGUACCCGGUACAUGGCUUACUCUUCUGCCAUUCCUCUCGCACCCCGCUCCAAAUCUCCGAACCAUGCACAUCUAUACAACGCUUCCUGGUGACGUUGCUCAACUCGCAUUCUUCGGAAACAACUCGACCUAUUCGGCACGUCCUCGACAAUCUCAGCAGGACAUUGUGAGUGCAACACCCAAGUUGCGCAAUGUCCAGAUCACAGGAUCCUUUCCCCUGCGACACCAUUCCCUCCUCCUUCGAAAUCUUACCAUCCUUCGGCUCGAACGCGUGCCUUUCAUCUACCGGCCAACCACCUCGCAGUUAUCGUCUGUCCUUCGCGCAUGUCCCGAGCUCGUUUCAUUGUCCCUUCUCGAUGCAGGGCCUGUCCCUGAUGAGGACUUUGAUGGCGACGACGAUCUGGCGACGAUCCAAGAAGGCCCCAUCCAAUUGAACCACUUGCGCGCGUUAGCUUUUCGCGAUACGGAUGUCGUGCUGCAACCUAUGACUCCCCCAAAUCACCCUACCACCGUCAUCCACACCCCCAACGGCCCAAUACUGGCUCCGGUACCCGGCGGUCUUGGGUUGACGCCUACGGUCAGCCAAAUGGCCGGUGCUGCUGGGCCCAAUGUGUCACUAGGAGAAGGAGGGGCGGUGUGGUUCUUUGAAAAUGUCCGCAUGCCAAAGCUUGAAGCGCUUCAGAUCAUGCUCGCUCCUCAUCCUCUCGCUUGUUCGCAGACUGGCCGCAUGCUGCCAGUCAUGGUCCAUACACCCGCCACCCUGACUGCAAACACCGCUACAUCUUCCACCACUUUGCCGGUUUCGCCAUUGACGACGGCAUUAGAGGCACAGACGCGUUCCAUCUUCCAAAACAUUCAAAAAUGCGAGACACUUGAAGAGCUCUACCUAUGGACCCCUCACGCUACCACUGGCGACGUGUAUGGUCUCCUCUCCAAGUUUGAGUCUCUCAAGAAUCUCGAGUUGCCCAUGGUCGCACAUCCGGUGGACACUCUCAAACUUUUCACUGUACCACAGGUGUCCAUGGAUACCAACGGUAACAAUCGGUCCGUCUUCCUCUGUCCGAGGUUGGAACGGAUCGGGAUCCCUUACAUCCAUGGUUGUGCACAACCUACACUCGAGCACGCGCUCAUGGAUGUAUUCAAUGUUCGAGACGCCAUCUCUGCACCGGACCGAGGUGUCUCGCCGUUGACAGCACUUCUCGCUCCCGGUGGUCGACCGACGUAUAUUAGUGAAACAGUAUGGAACUGGAUCGGCCAACGAGCAACGAUCCAAACACUCUUAACUCAACAAUCUCAGGCACCCUCACCGACUGUACAAACCCCUUCAUCCGACCCUUUCUCGCUUCCGAUACGCGAAAGCCGGAUGGACAUGCUAUUCGACAGAAUCACCAAAGAAGUUUCGUAG